AUGAAGAGACAGAACCAAAGUAUCAUCACUGAGUUCAUCCUUAUAGGCUUCUCAAACCUGGGGGAUCUGCAGAUCCUUCUCUUCUUUACUUUCCUGUUGGUCUACCUGGCCACUUUGAUGGCCAAUACCACCAUCAUGACCGUCAUUCGCCUAGACCGGACUUUGCACAGCCCCAUGUACUUCUUCCUCUUUGUCCUCUCUUGCUCUGAAACCUGCUAUACCUUGGUCAUUGUACCCAAAAUGCUGACCAACCUACUUUCCACAAAUACAACCAUUUCUUUCUCUGGGUGUGCUACUCAACUCUAUUUCUUUGUGGGCUUAGCUUGUACCAACUGUUUUCUCAUUGCUGUAAUGGGCUAUGAUCGGUACAUUGCCAUCUGCAAUCCUCUCAACUACACACUCAUUGUCAGUAGAGCCACCUGCAUGCAGUUGGUGCUAGCCUCCAGCUUCUGUGGUUUCCUGAUCUCUGUGGUAGUCAAUGUUCUGGUGUUCAGUGUGCCUUUCUGUGCCUCCAAUCAAGUCAACCAUUUUUUCUGUGACAUUUCAGCUGUCAUCAGAUUGGGAUGUACAGACACCAGCCUGAAGGAGAUAGUCAUCUUCUUCCUCAGCAUUCUGGUUUUGCUGGUUCCCUUUGUGUUGAUCUUCAUCUCUUAUAUCUUCAUUGUUUCCACCAUCCUCAAGAUCUCCUCAGUGGAAGGGCAGAAGAAGGCUUUUGCUACUUGUGCCUCCCACCUCACAGUGGUCAUUGUCCACUACGGCUGUGCUUCUUUUAUCUAUUUGAGGCCUACAUCCCUAUACUCCUCAGACAAAGAUCGGCUAGUGGCAGUAACAUAUACUAUAAUCACCCCACUUCUCAAUCCCCUUGUCUACACAUUGAGAAAUAAAGAAGUGAAGACAGCUCUGAGGAAAGUCCUGAAUAGAUAUUCAUUUUCUAAAACUCUAUGA